UUCCGCAAGCUUGUCUUGUUGUCUUUGUUGAGUGCUUUAUCAAUUUGAUAAAAUUCACACCUUUAAAUUAACACAUAGAUGAAGUAAUCCUGUAUCAGUCGAAAUGGCUACCAUCGCGGACCUGCGGAGCGCGUUCGAAGCGAAGUUAAAGGAAGGAAUACCCAAUCCACCGGGCGAAUUUCAUCCUUUGGACCUCGAGCGGGCUAGAAAUGAUAACUACCUUCAAAGGGUGUUGAAUCAUUCGGAAAAUGACCUGAAAGCGGCCACCGAUAUGUUGUGGGACAUCCUAAUGUGGCGUAAAACAGUAGGUGCGAAUGAUAUUAACGAAUCGAACAUUCGAAUGGAGUAUGCGAAGGACGGUGUAGUAUUCCCGCACGGAAGAGACGUCGAAGGCAGCCUAAUCUUCAUAAUAAAGUCGAAACAGCAUGUCAAAGGCCAAAAGGACUUUGAGGAAAUAAAAAAGCUUUUCAUCUAUUGGCUCGACAGAAUAGAGAGGGAAGAAAACGGCAAUAAAAUAACUCUAUUCUUCGACAUGGAAGGCUGCGGACUCAGUAACAUGGACAUGGAUCUAAUAAAGUAUGUAAUCAACUUGUUUAAGUUUUACUAUCCAUAUUUUUUGAAUUACAUUGUUAUUUACCAAAUGCCCUGGGUGUUGAAUGCCGCGUUUAAGAUAGUCAAGUCGCUUUUGCCCGCCAAAGCAGUUGAAAGAAUGAGGUUUGCAAAUAAAGAUACUUUGAAAAGUGUUGUGGCUCCAGAACAGGCUCUAGUGUGUUGGGGAGGCAAGGAUCCAUACGUAUUUGAAUUCAUACCAGAAAAUAGAGGCAGUUCUGAGCACACACCAAAGAAGGUUACUUUUGCUGAGCAAGGUGACAACCAGCACUCACCAGGUGAAAUGCUACGAUUAGUACCAAACGAUACAAUCUUAUUCAAAAAUGAAAAUGAUGAACUGUCCAGUCAAUUCACCAUCACUAAUAUGGAUGAAGGUUCAAUUUCCUUUAAAAUACGCACUACUUCACCGGAGAAGUUCCGUGUGAGGCCCAGCUCUGGUACUCUGGCUAGCGGUCAAUCGCAAUCUGUUGUGAUUGUAGUGCAGCCUGGCUUCCAAUUACGCACAGUAACUAAAGAUAGGUUCCUUGUGAUGUCUGUGCAAAUCCCAAAGACAGAUUUAUCAAGCAAGGAGUUAGCUGAAGUGUGGCAAAAUUCUACUGGCAGCAAAGUGGACGAGUAUCGACUGAAAUGCCAGUUCCCUGACAAAGAACUAUCGAAAAAUGGUAAUAUUGAUGGUAGAAUGACAGAGAAGCCAGAUACAAUAACCAACGCUUUGAAUAAUUUGCAACAAAAUUAUGAGAGUCUGCAUAAUGAUAUGCGAAAGUUGAGACAAUUGCAUUUCCUAACUCUUUUUUUGACAGCCGCUGCAGUGAUUUUAGGCUAUCUUGUGUACAAAAAUUCGAGUGUGGAAGGAAGUUACUGUGAACGAAUCUAGCCCUUAAUAAUAGUGGUAUUAGAUACCACUUUGAACAUUAACGAUGUGCUGAAUAUAUUCCUUUUCAUUAUUUUGUUGUUCAACACAGCACUGUACGUUAAAUAUUGCCAAUUAGUUCGUAAAGUGGAAAUGCUACAUGUAACUGAAUAGGUAGAUUUGUUGCAUUAUAGGAAACCCUAAUUUUUAAACAUCACAAUGAAUUCAUUCCAAAUAUUAGUAUUUAGUGUAUGUAUAUAGAAACAUUCCUGCAUGUUUUAUUUUAGCUCUCUUGGUGUGUGAAAUAUUCGACAAGCAUGUUCUCUACUUAAAUACUCAUUUUUUUUCAUAUUGAUACAAACCAGGG